AUGCUUGCCCAGUCCCUUGUCAUGACGGCCCUGGCCAACGGCGCCCUCGCGGCCAUCCCCACCGUCAGCGUCCCUCUGCACUACUACUACGGCGGCGGCCACAAGAUCGCCACGAACCUGGUGAACUCGGCCGCAAACACCUCGGUUGAGGUCGUUUUCGACCAGGGCUCCGAGAACUUCUGGGUCUUUGGCCCGAACGCCAUCAACAACUGGGGCUGCACCGGCUUCUUCUGCCAGGGCCAGUGCAACGCCACGGCCGAGCCCUUCUACGACUACCCUCACAGCGCGACGGCCAAGAAACCCGAGACGUUCGUGACGCAGUACGCCUACGGUGGGUACACCAAGAUUGUCCAGGGCAAGGAGAGCGUCAACGACACAUUCCUCUUUGCCGGCGACGCCGGUCUCACGUCAAAGGUGGACGCCCGCGUGGCUAUUGCCAACUACAUGCAGCAGCGCCUGUUGGACGGCGGCCAGUGCAAGCCGGCCCCGUAUGACCUCGGCAUCCUCGGCGUGGCGCCCUUCUACCGUACCGCAGAGUGGAACACCACCGGCCCUCAUGUCCGUCAGGAUCUCCUCGAGAAGGGAGCCAUCAGCGCCCCCGUCCAGAGCAUUUGGUUCGACGAGGCUCCCGCCGACUGGAAGGGCACCUUCACCGGCAACGCCGUCUUCGGCGCCAUUGACCUGUCCAAGUUGACGGGUGACCUCGUCCGGGUGCCUCUCGUCGAGAACGAUGGUCUCGGUGCCACUGUCGGAUACUUUGUCUCUCCUCCCACCGUCAAGGUCAAGAACGUCACCCUCGACAAGUCGGAAGUGACCACAAAGUCCUGCAUGAUCGACUCUGGCACCCAGAUCAACGACCUGCCCAUCGGUGAUGCUGGCCUUGCAGCCUUCUUCGCUGCCGCCGGUCUCACCCGUGAUUCCAUCGGUCACGUCUCCUACAACGGCAGCUGCGAUUCCGUUCCCAAGGACCUCACCAUCGAUCUCGAGUUUGCCGGUGCCGACGGUAAGAGCGUGACCAUCAAGACUCCUAUCCGUAACUACAUCCGCAACAACGCGGAUGCCGAAGCUGGGCUCUGCGCACUCAACAUUGACACCGGCGCUUGCAUGCUUGGUGCUCCCUUCGCCACCUCUGCGUUCUUCGCUGCCGAUGAUGCCAAAGGCGAGAUUGCGCUGGCACAGGGUGGUAUCUCGAAGAGAGGUAGCAAAGCGGAUGACGCCUCUCUGUCUCUCACUAUUCCCUGA